AUGGACGGUCAGCUCGUACUAUCUGAGGAUUUUUUUGUGGACACUCAGUCAACGACGCGCUCUGAGCCUCGAACGCCCGUGCAUCACAUCAUCGCGGGUUCUUUCCGUUCACUAUCGUUGUUCUUGCUGGCCUUUUCGCCCUUCAACCGAACAAUAUCUCAUGUUCAGACUAUUCCAGCUUUCGGGCCCCAUCAGUAUCUCGCGCUCAAUUCGCAGAGAGAUCGCGUGUACACGACCACCUGGGCGCAACCACCGUCCUUGAGUAGCUGGUCGAUCGACAAAAAUGAACACACUUGGGACAAGUGGACUGUUAACCUUGUAAACAUGGUACCGAUCACCGCAACGUCGUCCUACAUAACCUUACCGCCGCCAUACACGCACAUUUAUUCGGCUGGCGGACCUGCGGGGGAAGUCCAUAUCGUUGAACCUUCUACACGAGGCUUUGGUGCCAAAGCUCAACAGUUGCUCUUCGUACCAGAAGAUGAGCUUGCCGCUGCUGAUAAGACCCGUCGGUAUGGGUCCCAUGCGAUAGAAAUCUCUAACCGUGGAUUUGCCUUCAUCCCUGUGCUAGGGACCAAUUCCAUUGAGAGAUAUCGGCUCUCUUCCUCGCUGCCAGGCGGACUGGAUCAUAUAGGGACUACCCUCUCUCCUCGACCGCAUGACGGACCCCGUCAUCUUAUCAUAUCCCCGAACGGAUCCAAGCUCUACGUGGUCACAGAACAUACGAAUUUCCUCGACGUCUACGACAUCUCACAUACAGGGGACCUCACCCUUGCGCAAUCUCGGUCCAUCAUCCCUCAGGAUUUGCGACCGCAUGUAUCCCUUUACCGCGGGGAUACGCUUCGCUUUACUCCACCGUCACCGUCACACCCAUCUCCUGGGUUCUUAUUCGCCACGACCCGUGGCGCAACAUCGGAAACGAGAGGAUGGUUAACUGUGUUCAGACUUGAUCAGGAUGGUGCGAUCGUCGGUGAGGAUGCUGAAGAUGACACUGAAAGAUGGGAGACGCCCACGUCAGGUGGUAAAGCUAACGCGAUUGAAAUUAUUCAUGGAGAGACGGAUGGGGGAGAGGACACGAAGGCGUGGGUCCUUCUCACCGACGACGACGAAUCGGUGGAAAGCGGUGGACCAGGAAUUCGGGUGAUUGAAUGGAGUGGUUGGAAGAAGGGUAUAUCUGUGGCUGCUGAGUGGCCGGGCGAACGGGACUUUCAAUCAUAUACCGAGGGUGAUAGAAUGCGUGGAGGCAGCCAUGCUGUGUGGCUUGACUGA